AGUGAAAUCCAAAUUUCAAACGCCAAACGCUCCGAAAACACACACAACGAGCACUCAAAUUGCAGAAAGGAGGCAACCAUUUUUUCCUUCUCAAAAAAGAAAAAAGUUGCUACUGUUUUUCUUUCUCCAUUCUUCUAACCCAUUGCACAAGCUAAAAGAUUGUCCGAAAAUUGCAAAACCCAAUUCCCGAGUUCAAGAAUGGAACAAAAUUACGACUUCAAACCAUUCAAUGACAAUCCAGAAAUUCGUAUUUCUUCUAGCGGUUUCGGUUGGGAACAGGUGAAGAAUUCGAAUCAAGAAACAGGAGCUUCGGCUAUGGAAGAAGACGAAAAGGAAGAGUCUGUGGCUGAUUUAAUGGUUUGGGAUUCUGGUGCAAGACUAAUCCCGAGUGGCUUCACAGAUCCUUGCCCUACAGAGGAAAUUGUGCUCUUUGUCAAUGCUGGUUCCAUGACAUCAAGGGAAUCAGACUCCGGUGUUGAAUUUGCAGCAGACAAUUUUUUUGAAGGCGGAGAUAUAAUUCUAACAGAGGAUUUCAUCUUGGAGGGUGGAGACUGUUCGUUCAUUUAUCAAUCUGCACGAUUGGGAAAUUUCUGCUACCGCUUUGAGAAUCUUAUGGCUGGAGAUUAUUUCAUUGAUCUCCAUUUUUCUGAAAUUAUUAACGUCAGUGGUCCCAAAGGAAUGAGGGUGUUUAAUGUUUUUAUUCAAGAUGAAAAGAUUCUGUCUGAGUUUGAUAUCUUCUCAAUUGUUGGCUUCAACAAACCUUUGCAAGUCGUUGGUGCUCGAGCUGCUGUUAAGGAUGAUGGGAUUCUUCAUUUAAGGUUUGAAGGGGUAUUUGGAAGCCCAAUACUUAGUGGAAUCUGUGUUAGGAGAGCACCUAAGAGCUCAGUCCCUCAGCCGACUCGUGAUUACUUUAUUUGUACGAACUGUUCUACUCAGAUAGAAUAUCCCUCACCUCAGAAAAAAGCUCUACGAACAAAAUCAGUAGCUAAAUAUGAGAAAGAUAUACAAGAUUUGAAAGAUACGUUGAAGAAAAAGACUGACGAAUGUUAUCAAUCUUGGAUGUCUUGGAGUGCUGCCAACGAGCAACUACAAAAGGUUAGGAUGGACCUUGACAAUAAGACAUUCCAAACAUAUUCCCUAGAUCAAACUCUAGAAAAGCAAGCCGAGAAGCUUAGGGACCUUGCAAGCAAAUAUGAGCAUGACCAGAAAUCUUGGACCGAGGCAAUCGCCAACUUCGAGCAGAAAGUAAAGAUCAUGAAACAAGAGCAUUCUGAGCUUUCUCGUGAAGCGCAUGAAUGUGUAGACUCCAUUCCUGACCUGAAUAAAAUGGUUUUUGCAGUUCAGGCACUUGUUGAACAGUGUGAAGAUCUCAAAGUAAAGUACAAUGACGAGCAAAUGAAGAGGCGGAAGCUCCACAAUCAAUUGCAGGAGACCAAAGGAAAUAUCAGGGUAUUUUGUCGUUGCCGUCCCCUAAGCAAGUCAGAGGUCAUAGCUGGGUGUGCAUCAGUAAUGGACUUCGACGCUGCCAAGGAUGGAGAUCUUGGAAUUGUAGUAAAUGGCUCCACCAAGAAGAUUUUCAAGUUUGAUCGCGUUUAUACUCCCAAAGAUGAUCAAGUUGAUGUUUUUGCUGAUGCUGCCCCCAUGGUGGUUUCGGUUUUAGAUGGAUACAAUGUUUGUAUAUUUGCCUAUGGACAAACAGGAACAGGCAAGACAUUCACAAUGGAGGGUACUGAGGCUAAUCGGGGAGUCAAUUAUCGGACCCUGGAAGAAUUGUUUAAGACUGCCAAUGAGAGGACUGAAACAAAUACUUACAGCAUUUCAGUUAGUGUGCUUGAAGUUUACAAUGAGCAGAUAAGGGAUUUGCUUGCUAUUGAAACAUCCAAGAAAUUGGAGAUAAAGCAAGCUUCUGAAGGAUCUCAUCAUAUCCCUGGAAUUGUUGAAGCCAAAGUGGAAAAUAUCCAACAAGUAUGGAAUGUUCUACAAGCCGGAAGUAGUGCUCGGGCUGUUGGAUCGAAUAACGUGAACGAGCACAGCAGUCGCUCUCACUGCAUGCUCUGUAUUACGGUAAGGAGCAAAAAUCUAAUCACCGGAGAGUGCAUGAAAAGCAAACUUUGGCUUGUGGACUUGGCAGGAAGUGAGAGGCUUGCAAAAACUGAUGUGCAAGGUGACCGGCUUAAAGAAGCUCAGAACAUUAAUCGGUCGCUUUCUGCUCUCGGAGACGUAAUAUUUGCCUUAGCAAAUAAAAGCGGCCAUGUACCAUACAGGAACUCAAAGCUGACUCAUUUAUUGCAGGAUUCAUUAGGUGGUGACUCAAAAACAUUGAUGUUUGUACAAAUUAGUCCCUCAGAUCAAGACUCAAGCGAGACCUUGAGUUCGCUUAAUUUUGCCACCCGAGUUAGAGGGGUCGAGUUGGGUCCUGCUAGAAAACAAGUUGAUACAAAUGAGCUCCAGAGGAUGAAAACAAUGCUUGAUAAAGCACGACAGGAAUGCAAGUCCAAAGACGAAACUUUGAAAAGGCUUGAAGAAAAUUUACAUAACCUAGAGAGCAAAACCAAAGGAAAGGAUCAGUUUUACAAAAACCAAUUGGAAAAACUAAAAGAGUUAGAGGGCCAAGUAGAGUUGAAGGCAUCACUGCAUUGCCAAUCUGAGAAACAGGUUUCACAUCUUUCUGAGAAGUUAAAAGGGAGAGAAGAAUCUUGUUCCAAACUUCAACAGAAGGUCGUGGAGUUAGAGAACAAGCUGAAACAGCAAGAUGAAAGUCAUUCUACGACAUACCAAAAGAAGGUUAAUGAUCUUGAGAAGAAGCUGACAGAGCAAAUGCAACAAUCUGAGUCCACUUGUCAAACUCUUGAACAUAAGGUCAAAGAGCUCCAAAGAAAGUUGACAGAGCAGGAAGAAAACGAGGAGUGUCUCUCCCUCCGUCAAAAGAUUAAAGAACUCGAAGACAAACUGAGAGAGCAAGAACAGCAGCUAGCAUCCAGAAUGAUCUCUGAAUCCGCCAAUCAAUUAAAUUCGACUCCUGUGGAUAACAAGCUACCAGUGAGAGAGGAGAUGACGAACGAAGCUGAGCAUCGCAUUCUAAGAAGUUUAAAUCUAGCAAACCGCAGAGGCAGUAAUGGCUCUGCUCCGGUAAAGGAGAAUGGUCAUUUCCAUGAGGUCAAAAAGAAGAGAUUAUCAAGAAACAGUGAAGUUGAGAAUAAUGGAGUUCCACCUCCAGUGAGCGACCAUGCCUACAAAAGCAGGCGUUCCGAUCCACCAAGACCUGCUGCUGCUGCUGGAGCUUCAAGAGCGACAAAACCAUCCGUCACGGUGCAGAGGCCCGUUGCUCGUGUCAAGACAACCAGAGAUGCAGUCCAGGGGAUCAAGGAGAGGGACAGCAAGAAAAGAAUAUGGACCAGAUAGUGACUAACUAAUGCCUCAUUGCUGCUCUAAUUAACUUCCUGCCUACCUCUGUAGUACGUGUGUGUGUGUGUGUGUGUUCAGCAUAGUUGGCUUGUCCAUUGAGGCCCCAAAUAUAACCUCUUCAUGAACUAUAUAAUAUGUACAGGGUUGUGAUCAUUUAGUAUCCAAGCUUUUGAUCUUGUUUUUUAAGCUUUAAAGGAUAUUUAAUGGUAAGAAGGGUAAGCAUAUUUUUAUGUUAAAUAUAAA